AUGAUCUUUGCACCCCAACACAGCCUCUCCCUUCUCCCUCCUCCAAUUAUUGCUUGCUCUCUUUCCAAACCCAUCAGCUCCCCUGCCACCAGGAGUAUCUGUGUGAUCGCCGCUGCCAGCGUGGCAGGCCGUGCGGGCGCCACCUGUGCAAGCGCCGCUGCUGUGCUGGCGACUGCCCCCCCUGCCCCGAGGUGUGCGGUCGCAAGCUACGGUGUGGUAACCACAAGUGUCCCGCUCCUUGCCACAGCGGCCCCUGUGCGCCCUGCCCUGUUACAGCGCGCAUUGCAUGCUUCUGUGGCACCACUGCUUUUUCCGUGGUGGCCUGUGGAGAAGAGAAGCAGCAGCGCCCACCUAGGUGCCACAUGCACUGCCCUUCACAGUGCAUGCUGUGCACCUCAUCCAUGCUGCCCCCUCUACCUCCUCUCCCUCCCCCCUCUCUUCUCCAUCGCUCUCUUAGACCCCUCUACCUCCCUCCCCUCGCUCCUCCAUGCCUCCCCGGUCCCCUCCCCUGUGGAGCGGAGAAGCAGCAGCGCCCACCUAGGUCCCCUGUGGAGCGGAGAAGCAGCAGCGCCCACCCAGAUGCCACAUGCACUGCUCCAUACCCCCGGACCCUGGUUGCCCUCUCUCCUCAUAUGCUCGCUCGCUCCCUUCCCUUCUCCCCUCCAUGCCUCUCAGGUCCCCUGUGGAGCGGAGAAGCAGCAGCGCCCUCCCAGGUGCCACAUGCGCUGCCCCGUGCCCCCCACAUGCCACCACGGGGAUUCCUGUCGGGUGUCUUCUCAGGUGUUUUUUUCAUCAUCAUUGGAAGCUUACAACGCUGCUAAUCUUCCCCCCCACCAGGUGGCACGACCACACCCCCCCGCCUCCCAGCCGGCCUGUCUCUCCAGUGAGCUUUCUAGAAAGAAGAAGAAAGGGAAGAAGAAGGUUAAGGAGGAGGAUGAUUCGAUUCGAUGCAUCGAGAGAGAGGA